GUUGUGUAAUGCUUUAUUUGCCCACAGCUAUUUUGUCCAGAGACUCUGUCCUGAGAGGGGACUAAAGAAACAUCCAGCAAAGCACCGGGCAAGGAAGGCCAGGAACAGAGAGCAAGGGCGGCCUUCGCUGAGCCAGGGGAUGGAGGUGUACAAUGUAACGGCCCCCUUCAAUUUCUCUCUGCCACCCGGCUUCGGCAAGCGCCCCACAGACAAGGCUCUGAGUGUCAUCCUGGUGGUCAUGCUGCUACUGAUCAUGCUCUCCCUGGGAUGCACCAUGGAGCUGAGCAAGAUCAAGGCUCACCUCCGGAAACCCAAAGGAGUGGUCAUUGCCUUAGUGGCCCAGUACGGCAUUAUGCCCCUCACUGCCUUUAUUCUGGGCAAGGUCUUCCGUCUGAAGGACAUCGAGGCACUGGCCAUCCUCAUCUGUGGAUGCUCUCCUGGAGGGAACCUGUCUAACCUCUUCACCCUGGGCAUGAAGGGGGACAUGAACCUCAGCAUUGUGAUGACUACCUGUUCCACCUUCACUGCCUUGGGCAUGAUGCCCCUCCUCUUGUACAUCUACACCAAAGGGAUCUACGAUGGAGAUCUCAAGGACAAGGUGCCCUAUGCAGGCAUUAUGAUAUCACUGGUCAUGGUUCUCAUUCCUUGCACCAUAGGGAUCUUCCUCAAGUCCAAAAAGCCACAGUGUGUACCCUACAUCAUGAAGGGAGGAAUGAUUAUGACUUUCCUCCUCAGUGUGGCUGUCACUGCCCUCUCUGUCAUCAACGUGGGCAACAGCAUCUUGUUUGCCAUGACACCACCCUUGCUGGCUACCUCCUCCCUGAUGCCUUUCACCGGCUUCCUGAUGGGCUACAUUCUCUCUGCUCUCUUCCAACUCAAUCCAAGGUGCAGACGCACCAUCAGCAUGGAAACAGGAUUCCAAAACAUUCAACUCUGUUCUACCAUCCUCAAUGUGACCUUCCCCCCUCAAGUCAUUGGACCACUUUUCUUCUUUCCUCUCCUCUACAUGAUUUUCCAACUUGCUGAAGGACUUCUCUUCAUUAUUGUCUUCCGGUGCUAUAAGAAAAUCAAGACUCCCAAGGACAAAGCAAAAAUUAUCUACAAGGCUGCUACAACUGAAGAUGCCAUUCCAGCAACUGUGGAAAAAAGCACCCACAAUGGCAAUAUUCCUCCUACACAACCUAGCCCUUCCCACAAUGGGAAUAUUCCUCCUGCACAACCUAGCCCUUCCCCCAACAGCCUGGAUUCUGAGAAGAUGGCAAGUUAGAAAGCCUACGUGAAAAAUCAGCAGCAGUAAGAACUGAACACCAACCUUGCCAGAUUGUCUAACACUUCCAGCAUAUCCAUCAGCAGAAUCAAGAAGCCAAACCUGAGGCAGAAGGGCAUCUAUGCAGGAACCAUCACCUAUGCCCCAUUUUCUACUUGUUUAAAUUUGGUGUUUGUUUAAAAACUAAACAAGAGCUGGGCAAUGUAGUUCAUGCCUAUAACCCCAAUGCUCAGAAACUUAAGGUCAACCUUAGUACAAAGACUGUCUCAAGAAACCGAAAAUCCUUUUCAGUGGCUAUGAGCUCUAUGAAGGCUGAAGCAAACCUGCACUUGCCCUGCUCUGUACAGCAGUUGAUAAACAUUAAAUGUCACUAUUUCUAAACUAAGGGGGUUUGUUCUCUAAACAUCCACAAUCUGUUAAGUUGUAACUCAAAAGGAAAUAAACUGCCACUAAUAGUUCUAAACUUAUGAAA